GCAGAGCUCACCUCUCCUGCCUGGAGUUCCUUCAUCUCCAGCCCAUCCUCUUGCCAGACUCAGCGGCAAAAUGCAGCAGCUGCAUCUUCUCUGCCUCAGUCUGCUGGUGCUGGGAUGUAUCCUGAAUGUGCACGGCGGGAACAACGUCCUCGACUGCUGCCUGCGGACAAAGGAGACGCCCAUCCCAUCGCGGAUAGUGCAGAGUUACCGGCUCCAGCUCGUGCAGGACGGCUGUGACAUCCCUGCUACAGUAUUCAUCACCACAAGGGGCAAGCGCCUCUGUGCCCCUCUCCAAUCCCCAUGGGUGAUUCAUCUCAGAGAGAAGCUGGAUUCAAGCUUUGCCAGGAAGGCAAAACUUCAGGGCCAGUAGUCUCCAAAGAAGCCCAUGGCUGGUACCAACACUUCAAGUGGGACCAGCUCCCAGCUGUGAAUCUGAUGCUAAUGGAGCCAUUCUGCUUCUACUUCUAGCCUCAGGGCUGACUCCCCUCAGGACUUGUAUCAGUGUGUGGGGCUGGGCAGCACCCUGUCUGCUCUCUCAUUUUCCUUCUGUCUCGGAUGUGACUCAAAUACCUGUGUCAGGCUGACCCAAGGGCUCUUGGACUCCAUUGCCUUUGCAGCCUGGCAGCUGGUGGAUGGACUGAUCUGCAAGGCAAGUUUGGGCAGUCUCAAACUUCCCUUCAGCACAGCAGCUGUGACCUCCAGCUGUAGUUUGAUUCCUUUGGUUUCCUUUGUCAGCCCCAAACCUGAGUUCUUCUGCGUCCCUGGGAAGGGCUGCCAGGAUGGAACAGUGUUGGGAUGGCUGGAGAUGUUCCUCAACGGUCAUGCACAGCUUAGAUGCCCUUUGACAAUGUAUGGCCAGUGUGGUUCCUCUCUCACUCCUGACUUCCUGGCACCAUUUGCUGUCCUUUCUUGCAAGGGUAGAGAUAGAGCCAGUAACAUGGCAGCUGCAGAGCAGGCAGUGAUGUGGCUCUUAACCCCUUCUCUCCUCAGGGGCAUCAAUCCCCUUCUCAGUCCCCCAGCCUGACACCACCUUCCAACACUGCCCCGUGCCCAUGCCUGAAGCUCUCAGGUUAUUUGCUGCUAGAUCUGUUCAUUGCAAUAAUUCUGUGUGUAUGCUGCUUCUUUUCUCUCUUUUGUGUUGUGCUGAGAUUUUGUUAAAUA